AUGAUGGAGAAUCUCGGAAGUAGUCUGCCCAAAUUUGACCCCAGCGAUACUUCGACCGUCUGCAGUCGAUGGAAGAAGUGGAUGCGCGGAUUUGAGAUUUUUCUGGACGUAAAUAAUGUAACGGUUCCGGCACGCAAACGAUCGUACCUGUUGCACUACGCGGGAAGCGACGUUCAGAACAUUUUUUUCAACCUACGGGGAGACGCGGAGCCGGAGAUUCCAGCGGGGUCGGAUAUCUACAAGGAAUCGGUGAAGUUGCUGGACGACUACUUCCUGCCGCUCAAAUGUCUGCCGCGGGAAAGGCACAUCUUCCGGAACCUGUCACAAGCGGCGGAUGAGUCGAUCGAAAAGUUUGUCCUGCGUCUUCGAGAACAGGGUGCCCUUUGCGAAUACGGAAACUGGCUGGAGGAGAACAUCAAGGAGCAGAUUUUCGAAAAGGGCUCAUCCGAUCAUCUACGAGCGAAAAUUCUGACCAAACCAAACAUGACGCUGGCGGAGACCGUCGAAUUGGGACGAUCUCUGGAAACCAUUGCGAAACAUCGGAAGAAUCUACUGCCUGAGGAGGGAGUUUAUCGUGUUUCCGGCAUGAAGGGAGAGUGUUACCGAUGUGGCCAAACCGGGCACUACGCCAACAACGAGGACUGUCCUGCUCGAGACCAAACAUGUGACCGUUGCCAGCUGGUUGGGCAUUUCAAGCGAUGCUGUAAUACGAAGUCUGUUAAACCGCGCAGCAAGCCACACCGCAGAAAGGCACGCGAUACGUCGAAGAAGGAAGUGCGACAAGUGGCGGACGAAGCGGAAAGUGAAUUGUCCCAGCAAGAAGAUUCGUCGGAUGACGAAGACAACAACGUUCACUAUGUCUUCGCGACCGGUCCAGAGGGUGGCGAAACGGUGAGUUGCAGUGUUGGUGGAGUGAAGCUACGUUGGAUGGUCGAUUCGGGAGCGGGAGUCAACGUGAUCAGCGAGGCAGCGUGGGAGUUUUUAAAGGCGAACAAAGUGAAAGUGGACUUCCAGACCACUGAAGUCACGAAGAGGUUGAUGGCGUACGGGAAUCAUCCGUUGAAAGUGAAGGGCAUGUUUAUCACAAACAUUGCCACAAAAACUUCCAAUAUCAGCGAUCGUGUGUUUGUGGUCAAGGAAGGCGGAUCGAACUUGCUGGGAAGGUCUGCUGCUACCAAGCUGGGAAUCUUGAAGAUCGACACUUCUGUUUGUGCCGUUCAGCAGAAAGAAGGAGGGAUCGGGAAAUUAAAGGGAGUUGCGGUGUCAGUGCAAAUUGAUCAAAAUGUGAAACCUGUCCAACAGACCCAGUGCCGCAUCCCUAUCCCGCUGCAGUCGAAAGUGGAGAAAGAAAUAAGGAAGCUUUUGGAUCAGGACGUGAUCGAACCUGCCCCGCGUGAUUCGCCCUGGAUUUCACGCCUGGUGGUACGUCCCAAGCCAGGAAACCCGGACGAGAUUCGGCUCUGUGUCGACAUGCGAGCAGCAAAUAAGGCCAUCGUUCCUCAACAUCAUCCGCUGCCAACCUUCGACGACAUUGUUCCGCACUUGCACAACUGUAAGGUUUUCUCGAAGGUGGACCUGACCAAGGCUUUCCAUCAAGUCGAGUUAGCUGAGGAUUCCCGAGCAAUCACCACUUUUGCAGCGCACAACGGAUAUUUCCGAUACAAACGUUUAACUUUCGGAAUGAGCUCGGCGUCCGAGAUGUUCCAGAGCGUCAUCGAACGAGUGCUGGCAGGCAUCCCCGGAGUGAAAGUCUUCAUCGAUGACAUUCUCAUCUUCGGAGCAAACCAGGAAGAGCACGAUCGAGCGCUAGCAGCGGUGCUGAAAAGACUGGAAGAACAUGGGAUCACAAUCAACAAGCAGAAGUGCCAGUUCAGCCGCAGUGAAGUCACGUUCAUGGGACAUCGGUUGAGCAGCGACGGAAUCUGUCCAACUGCCGAGAAGGUCGAUACAAUCCGGCAGCUACGGAACCCCGAGACGCCUGAAGAACUGCGGAGCUUCCUUGGCCUCAUCAACUAUUUGGGAAAGUUUAUACCGCAUCUUUCGACCCACACAGCUCCGUUGCGAGAACUUCUGCACAAGGAGGUCAAGUUCAAGUGGACGGCGCAGCACACGGAAGCGUUCGAGAAGUUGAAGGACGAGGUAGCUGACCCGAAGAAUUUGGGAUACUACUCACCGUACGACGAAACCAUCGUGAUCGCCGACGCAAGUCCUGUCGGGCUGGGUGCGGUACUGCUGCAGGUGAAAAAUGGUGUGAAACGUGCAAUCUGCUACAUCAGCAAAGGGUUAUCACCAGCCGAGAAAUCCUACGCUCAGAACGAACGAGAAGCACUUGCGCUGGUUUGGGCAGUGGAGAGACUAGAGCAGUACUUGCGCGGGUUGUUCUUCAAGCUUGUAACCGACCACGAACCGCUGAAGGUGUUGUUCGGGGAAAACAAGAAGUGUCCAAGGAUCGAUCGAUGGGCCGUUCGGCUGCAGUCCUUCCGGUACAGGAUCGUGCACGUUCCUGGCAAGGUUAACAUUGCAGACCCACUGUCGCGGCUGCCAAGGUUCCGCGACUGCACGACGUACGACCAAGUCGGGGAAGCGAUGCUUCUGGCCUUUCUUGAUUCAGCGAAGCCGACCGCUCUGACGCUGAAAGAGAUCCAGGAGAAGACGUUGGCGGACGGUGAACUUUCGGCAGUCAAAGAAGCUCUGGACACUGGCAGAUGGAACGACAGCGUUAAGGCGUAUCUUCCGUUCAGGGAACAAUUGCUGGUAGUGAAUAAGGUGGUCAUGCGAGCUGAGCGGAUUGUGAUUCCGGCUGCGCUGCGGCAACGUGUUCUGAAGCUCGCACACAUUGGACAUCCGGGUAUUGAAAGAACCAAGCAGCGUCUUCGAAGCAAGGUCUGGUGGCCAAACGCCGACAAAGAAGCAGAACGUGCGGUUAAAUCGUGCAUGGAUUGUCAGCUGGUAAGUGGACCAUCUCGCCCAGAGCCACUAGCAGUAAGAGAACUGCCAUGCCAACCUUGGCACACGCUGGCCAUGGACAUCUUGGGUCCACUGCCUUCCGGAGAAUCGAUUUUGGUGAUCAUCGACCUAUACAGCCGAUACAGAGUUACUGAAGUACUCCAAUCGACCACAUCUGAUGCUGUAAUUGACAAACUUAGCCGGGCUUUCUUGCGACUGGGAUUUCCGUCGAUUCUGAUGUCGGACAACGCGAAGAACUUUACAAGUCACCAAAUAACAGAGUUCGGCAAACGCUACGGGAUCGAGCUGAAGCAUACCACGCCUUACUGGCCGCAGGCCAACGGUGAGGUCGAAAGACAAAAUCGCAACAUCUUGAAGACGCUGAAGAUAGCUCACGUGAACGGAACUGACUGGAAGGCAGACCUGGAGGAAGCAAACUACGUGUACUCGAUGAUCCCUCAUCCGGCAACCGGACGGUCACCAGCAGAGUUGGCUUUCGGAAGAAAGCUUAAGGAUUGGAUCCCGCAGAUGACGAGUGAUCCAAACACGGAACGAGACGACGGACCUGACGUUAGAGAUCACAACUGGGUGUACAAGCAAAAAGCAAAGAUCUACUAUGACGACGCUCACAACGCUCGAGAAUCGGACCUGCAACCUCGUGAUCGAGUUCUCAUGCGAAACUUGGUUCCGCAAAACAAGCUGUCCGCGGCGUAUCUUCCGGAACCAGCUACCGUUGUGCAGAAAAGUGGAAACAGUGUUGUGGUUCAAACUGAGAGUGGUAAACAGUACCGUCGAAACUCAUCGCACUUGAAGCGGCUGACCGAACCGGGUCCGUCUGAGGAACAACACGAGGAGUCGUCUUCAACCGAAUGGGUCACACCGUCAACGCUUCAAGCGUCGAAGACGAGUACUCCCAUGGGAGACAUUUCUGCAGGAGAGCGAGGCCGACCGCAGCGAGAAACUCGACGCCCACUUCGGUUCGAGGAUUAUGAGAUGGAGGGAUAA